AUGGCCUGCGCAGUCGAAAGUUUCUCCUUCAAGGACUUCAAGUUCCCCAGUGAAGCCGGCGAGAGGCCUGAAUCAUUUUUUAAUAGCCUGCCCUAUCGCAUUUGGGAGCACAAGACCGACUACUCCGAUACAAUCAGCCAAGUUAUAGCAGAUUGGAAGGCAGUUACUGGCAAGGAUGUCUCUCACACUGUUGGAAUCCAAUCCAGCGGCCUGCCCGUCUUCUUAGCUUCUGAUUGUCCCCCGCAUAUUCUACCGCGGUUUGUCAGAUUCGGCUAUAUUGUCUUGUGUUGGGAUGAUGCAACAGAUGCCCUCGAUUCAGCUACCCAUGAGAGGAUUCAACUAGACUUGCGCGCUGCCCUUCUCUCCGAAGUAAAGCUGGGAAGGCGCAACCGCUGCGAGUUCGAGAUCAAUGAGCUAUAUAUUCAAAGCCUUGUGGACCUCUUGAACGGAGCCGAUGCGUUUGAUGCUGUUUUCAGGCGCAGUUUCGAUUUCUUUGACACUGGCCUGCAAGCACAGACCGUGCCAGCUUUGCACACAGUGACAUGGGAAGCAUACAAAGCUCACAGAAUCAAAACUGUUGGCAGCGGGGUGCUGUCGAGAUUGGUGCCCGCUAUAAACGGAUUUUACGUCAGUGAUAAAGAGCUUGAUUCAGUCUCCCACAUGACAGAGAUUGGCGAUCUGAUAACCGGGUUGACAAAUGACUUCCACAGUUUUCACAAAGAAUUCAAUGAGCACUUCUUGGCUGGCACCCUUGAUAUGAUGCAUAACGGAAUGGCCGUGCUUAUGAGCAACUACGGGUAUGACGAACAGGAAGCCGGCAAUGUUUUGAAGCAAGAGGUUCUUGCGGCCGAGGCCAGAUUGAUGGCUGAAUACGAAAACUGGAACUCUUCGGAAAGCCCUAAAACAGAUGCGCUGCGCCGGUACAUGUUCAACUCCAUCCUCACUUAUGGGGGGGUAAGCUACUGGCAGUCUGCCACGACGAGGUAUCAACAGACUGAUCUUACAGCAACUGCCGCUGAUAGAGCUCAGCUAGUUGGGCGCGGUUACGACGGGAAAAGGAGGUUGCCAGGCUACCCCCCUCCAGCCAUGGCCAUGACCAUGAAAACUAAUGGCCAUACUGAGUCGGAUAGCUCCUCGGAGGCCAGCCAUAAACGCACCAGUGCAGUGGCGCCUCUAGCCAGGGAAAUAGUCGUACCGUUUGAAAAAGCCCCAGCUGCGGAGAUUGUUCUUGCUCCGUGGGAAUAUAUACGGUCGUUGCCCGGGAAGAAGACCCUCGGCCGCUUAAUCGACUGCCUACAGUGUUGGCUAACAUUGCCUGAGGACUCAACAAACAUAAUCGGAGAAGUUUCAAGGAUGUUAUUCGAUGCCGCAUUAAUGCUCGAUGAUAUCCAAGACGGAUCACGGCUGCGCCGCGGGCGACCAGCAGCCCACGCUGUCUUUGGCCAGCCUCAGACUCUCAACAGCGCAACCUAUCUCUAUGUCAAAGGGAGUCGACUGGUGAAGAAGCUGAAACACUCCAAUGAGUGCGCAGACGUAUUUAUAGAGUACCUUGUUAUGGUGGACAACAAAACCGGUGGUUUCUUCCGUCUGGUGCUUCGACUUCUCGAGGUAGAGUCGGAAAGCGAGCCGAACCCCGAAUUGAUGCAUCUUUUCACCUUGCUGGGAAGAUACUACCAGAUCAGAGACGAUUACCUAAACUUAGCUUCUGAAGAGUACACUGCCAAGAAAGGAUUUUGCGAAGAUCUAUCGGAGGGAAAAUUCUCAUUCCCGCUCAUCCACCUCCUGCAAAACAUUGCUAACCCCGAGCCCAUACGUGGUAUACUCUUCCGCCGCGACAAUGCUACCGACCUUUCGGUCGAAAUGAAGCAAUUUGUUCUUGAUGAGAUGAAGAAAGCCGGAAGUCUUACUCACACGGAGGCAGUCCUCAAUGGACUGUUUGACGCUAUGUUGGAAAUAUUGGAUAAUUUGGAAGCAAAUAUCGGUCCGAACAAGAAGCUGCGGAUCUUUCUGCUAUGGUUGAAGCUCUAA